UACUCUAUUGAUGCCCCCAAAAAGCAUUCACCAUCCAGCCCCCCUUUCCCCCAUUUUUUUCUUUAUCCCUCGAUUCUAUCCUUUAUUUCUCCCCUCUGCUUUCUUAUCCUUCCACAAGCCUCUUUUACUCUCAGUCCUGAAGGAACACUCAGCUCGGUGCUGUGAUUUUGUCUCCAUUCUGAGGGUGCUGUGAGUACCCUGAACCAGGGAUUUCUUCCAUUCUUUAGCCUGCAUUCACACAGCCAUGCGAGGGCGGAGUCUACCCUUCAUCUUUUCCCUCCUCUUCCUUGUCCUGUCAUUCUCUGAGGCAAAAAAGAAGUCCAAGCAGCCAUCAGAUACAGUGACUGGAACAGACAGCACGGUGGUAAAUCCCUUGCUGGGGUCAGGUCAACUGAGCACUAAGGAUGGGCACCGCUGCACCUGGGAGACGCUAGUGAGAGGAGCUAACGUCCUGCUCCAGGUGAGCUGCACCAACCCAAGUGAGGAUGGGCUCGGACCUCACUACACGUGCCAGUUUGCUGGAAAACCUCAGGAAUGCUCCGUCUACAGCACCCAGUCCUCCCAGUACUGGAAACAGGUGGUGAGCAAACUGAAGAAGCGAAAGAAUGCUUGCGAGGGCGAGAAAGUCCUGAAAACACGACUGUGUAAGAAAGCACCCAGCGCAUCUCACAUGAAACUCACGGAGAGAAGCAGAGAAGAGACGACCACGCACAUGAGCAAGGGAAUGCCAGAAGAGAGCAAACGAAAAACGGAGGCACCCACAAAGAACGUAAAAGAAGUAUAGAAAGAGAAGGAGGAGGAGGUGAAGAAGGAAGAGGAUGAGGGGUUCGGAGAAGUAGUGAAUGAUGGAUUCUCAGACAUGGAGCCCGCUGUGAGCUACUGCAGAGACAGACUGCAUUCUGUCUGCAACUUCUUUGUCAAGUUUUUUGAUGGUUAAAAAAAAAGAGAAAUAUCUGCUAUCAUUGCUUUUUCGGACCCAGUGGAGGAUAAGAAUGUUGUUGCAUGUAAAAAAAGACGGAAUGAACAUGUUGUCGGGUGUCUUAGCGGAAGUUCACCAUCUAGUCUGCACCCUAAAAACAUCAUGGAUAAAAAAUCCUGUCGUGAAAAGGAAGACAAAUAGACAUACAGAAAGUAAUUGUUAUAUAAUAUUUAACAGUCACACUAAUAACAUUAAUUACAAUCUUAAACACAAUGAAUUACUUGUGUAUAUUGUAACUAAACCUGAUUAAACUUUUUGUAGAUAUGAAUAAUUGUAUAACAUGAUCUUACUCAUAAAGAAAACUGUUGUGUAUGAUUAUUGCAAAUAAUAUUCAGUUCAAUAAAAAUGAAUUUAAUGAAUUAAAAAUGCAUAUAUUUUUAAAAGGAAAAUUGUUAGAUGACAGAAAAAUAAUUUCAUCAUUCAUUACUUAUAGAUUUAAAUGCUUAACACAUUUAAAAUCCUUCAGAUCUCACAAAAGAUGAAUAAAUGAACCUCGCACUUUCAUUAACUAUUUAUAUUGUGUAUUCAUGUUUAUAUACACGUGUUUUUUAGAUGUUUGUCAGUGAGUAUGUUGUAUUCAGACAGAAGUGGCUUUCUCCAUUGUGCACUCAGCAUCAGUAGUCAGCUUGGCAUAUCAGUGGUCUAAAAUGACUGUCACAAAAAAAAAAAUCGAAUCGAUGUUUAAAUCGAUGAAAUGUGCCAUUUAAGUGGCUUUCACCUUCCCCCGAUGAGCCAAUUGGAGAAGAAGAGGAAAAUAUUGAGGGGAGAAAAUGGCUCUUUUGUUUAGACUUUUCUGUAGUUUUACAACUGCCUACAGCGACACAUUUAGUAAGCAAGCUGUGCAGCUAAAUAGUAGGACAAAGAGGCUAGAUUCAGAGUCAUCUGUUGAAAGCUUAACUCGCUGCCUAUAGACAUUCUGAGUCAGCCAAGCAAGCAGAGAUAGAUUAUAAUAUUAUGCUCAUAGUCACAAAUGGAUUUUGUCAAUAGACUCAGUGGCAGGGUUAAUUCAGCAGAUUCAUUUUUUCACCUCAAUGUUGCAAGAACGAUAUUACAUAGAUGUCUAAAGCCCUCUGGAGUGCAGAUCUUUUGUAUAUAAAGAAUGGACUCCUACUUUGCCUUUUUAAAUUCAAUUCACCUGUAAAAGUGACUUUUGCAUGUGCCAAACUGGUAUCGGGCAUUAACAAGGUCUGUAAUACAUGAUCUGAUCACCCAGAACACAAUUUGAAAAUUUCCAUCUUUGCUCUUGGGACCAAUCACUUUUUGAGACAGCUGCCAAAUAUCAUGUGACUUUUCAUGCUGUCAUGACCACACUAACUGGAUGAUGCUUAAUAUAUAGUCACAAUGCAUCGAUUAAAAGUCUUGAAAUGUUAAUUUUUUUAAUUAUAAUUUGUUUGUUUUGUUCAAGAAUCAAUUUGAAAUAAAAUAAAAAUCAGAUGAACUGCGA